AUGGUACGGAUGCUGCAACCACCCACCUUGAAUAUGGCGGUUGGCAUGGUCUUGGUUUGCAUCGCAAUGCUCUCAACCCACACGGUCACAGCACAGAGCUCGUCGUCAUUCUCUAGCAAUUCGUCCAGCUCGUCUGCUCUGUCGACGACGUCGUCCUCUGGCUCCAGAACCACGGAUGCAGCAGCGACACUCGGUACGCUCAUCUCAUUCUCGUUUACCUCGAUCAACACAAUCUCCUCUUCGUCCACUGUCAACUCGACGAGCUCCACGGCAACUAGCUCAGCCUCUUCGAGCUCGACCGUCUCGAGCUCCACUCGGCCGUCAACGUCAAGCUCUUCCAUCACCUCCACGUCGUCGCUCGCCACUUCCACCAGCUCGGCUAGCGCCAAUGCUGCCCUGGCUGCGUCCGUCGGUUGGCACAAGACGCAUUUUGUAUUCCCCGCUGCGUCGCUGGCUGUGCUGCUGCUCAGCACGCUUUGCUUUUGGCUCUAA